AUGGCAUCACCACGCGGACUUCGAAAGCGCUCAAGCUUCCGUCGCAAGUCCCAAUCAGUGGUUGUGGACCUGCCGGAGGAUGUCCGUGUGCUCAAGCAGAGAAUCCUCGAGUCACACCCAGUCAAGCUGCUUCGCUUCAGUCUCAGCCACAUGCGCCACAUGGCCACCCCACCUGUACUCAUUCCAGAGACCCUCAAUGACCGACGAGCCAUGCGGACGCUCGUGUCCGGCAAGACAGUGCCGCUCACCAUGCACAUGUGGGAGAACUGCAAGAGGAGGACCAAGCACCUCGACAUGAUCGAUGAGUACGUCAGUUACCGGUGA